AUGGCUCACUACAGUCCUUCCACUGAGAAAGCUAAGGUGAUGGAGGCAGAGAUGGCCAAUACUUCUGAUAGGAGCGGGAAAGCAGAGAUUGACGAUUUCAAUGGCAUCAGAGCGGUUUCAAGCACUACUCUAGAGUCAUUCUCUCAUCUGGAUGAGAAGAAGAUCCUUCGCAAAAUGGAUCGGCGGUUGAUCCCCAUGCUUGCGAUCCUCUAUCUUCUCUCUUUCUUAGACCGAGGAAAUAUCGGCAAUGCAAAGAUCGAGGGCCUUCAAGAGGAUCUCAACAUGUUGCCCGAUCAAUACAACUGGUGCCUGACUGUUUUCUUCUUCACAUAUGCAGCUUUCGAGGUACCCUCGAAUUUACUUCUCAAGAAGCUACGUCCUAGUGUCUGGCUUCCCACAAUCAUGGUUGCUUGGGGCACGGUGAUGACCCUAAUGGGCAUCGUACGAAACUAUCACGGCCUUCUCGUCGCACGCAUUUUCUUAGGCGUCACCGAGGCGGGUCUGUUUCCCGGCGUUGCUUACUAUCUCACCAUGUGGUAUUGUCGCCACGAGAUCCAGUUCCGCCAAGCGUUGUUCUUCUCCGCGGCCUCAAUCGCCGGUGCUUUCAGCGGCCUCUUAGCCUUUGCUAUUGCCAAGAUGGAUGGGACUGCCGGGCUAGAGGGCUGGCGCUGGAUCUUCAUUCUCGAAGGAAUUGCGACAGUUGUGGCGGCGGUGCUAGCUUUUUUCGUUCUACAAGACUUCCCAGAGACGGCUACGUUCCUCACUGAAGAAGAACGAGCCUUUGUGGCCGAAGAGUUUCAGUGGAAGUAUGUCUGGAGUGCCUUUAAAGACUGGCAAAUUUGGGUCAGCAUCGUUGUUUAUUGGGGCAUCGUUUGUCCCCUGUACGGAAUCAGCUUGUUUCUUCCUACCAUCAUAAAAAAUUUGGGUUACACAUCGAACAAGGCCCAGCUCAUGACAGUCCCUAUCUACAUCACAGCUGCUAUUCUAGCCGUUGUUGUGGCAUACGUUUCGGAUCGUGUUGGAAAGCGAAGCCCCUUCAUUAUUGUCCUCCUCUGUGUCAUGAUUGUUGGCUUCUCCAUGUGUAUCUCUUCUAGCAAUCCAAAGGUGGUCUACGGCGGCGUCUUUAUUACAGCCUGUUCUAUCUAUCCAGCUUUCCCUGGUAUCAUUUCCUGGCUUGCAAACAACUUGGCCGGCAGCUACAAGAGGAGCGCCGGUAUGGCAAUUCAAAUUGGUAUCGGAAAUCUUGGCGGAGCCAUGGCAUCCAAUUUCUACCGACAAAAGGACGGCCCUCGAUACAUUCUCGGUCACGCAUUGGAGCUUGGAUUCAUUAGCGCUGGAAUCAUCGCUGCUCUCACUUUAGUCUUUGCAUACAUGCAAAUCAACAGAAAGCGCGAAGCCAGGGUGGCUCGGGGCGAUAUGAAUCAAUACACGGCUGAGCAGCUUUCUGGUAAAGGUGAUAAGGCAUUGACUUGGAGAUAUAUGCUGUGA